UAUCUUUACUAAGAACAAACACCAACUGACCAACAGCAAUGGCUCCUGUCAAUAUGUGCAACAUUGUGAGGACCACGAAAGAUAAAAUCAAACUGAGAAAACCAGUGGUCGAGAAGAUGCGCCGAGACCGCAUCAACAGCAGCAUCGAACAGCUCAAGUCACUCCUCAAAACCGAACUUCAAGCACACCAACCCAACUCUAAACUGGAGAAGGCUGACAUUCUCGAGACAGCUGUGUUUUACCUGAAAGACAACAGCACGCGCCCUGCUUCUUCAUUCAACGUAGCGUCACCUGUCCAGAGCUACGCGGAGGGAUUCACCCGCUGCCUGGAGGAGACGCUGCGUUUCCUCUCAGCGCACAACCAGCCGACUGACUCGCAACAUAAGCUUGUCGAUCACUUCCAUCGGGUACAGAAACUUGGUGAGAGAGUCGCGCUGAGUCCAAACCGCGCGACGGUCCCUCACAACAGCAGAACUCCGAAAUGUGUCACGGCAGGUGGAAGAGGGCAUUUGUGGAGACCCUGGUGAUGCGCAUAGCCUAUUUUGAGACGUCAAAUAAUGCGACUUUCGAUGUCAAAACCAGAUAAUAUGUUGGUCUAGCUGCACGACCAAGUAUGAUCUCUUGUAGGAAAUAAUUAUUCCCUUUACAAUUUAUCUUUUGUUCGUAAAAGUUGAAAUUAUUGUUAUUAUUCUGUUUAGAAUGUAAAUUCCAUAUCCUGUAU